AUGUUCUUCCACCUGUCAAUGGAACAUGAAGUCUGCCUUCAUCCGAAAUAUUUCGGUGCAAAUUUGAAUGAAACAAUCAAAAUGAAGCUGUUCGCUGAGGUGGAGGGCACCUGUACAGGCAAAUUCGGAUUCGUCAUCGCCGUUACGACGAUCGAUACGAUUGGGCAUGGUCUUAUACAGCCUGGCCGCGGAUUCGUGAUAUACCCUGUGAAAUACAAAGCUAUUGUGUUCCGGCCUUUCAAGGGCCAAGUUGUUGACGCAGUUGUCAACCAGGUUAACAAAGUUGGAAUAUUCUGCGAUAUUGGUCCCUUAUCAUGUUUCAUUUCCCGUCACUGCAUCCCUCCUGACAUGGAAUUUGAUCCAAAUUCUAAUCCGCCAUGCUAUAAGACAGAAGAUGAAACAUCUAUUAUUAAACAGGACGACGAAAUCAGGGUGAAAUUGAUCGGGACACGGGUUGAUGCCAACGAUAUUUUUGCCAUUGGAACAUUAAUGGACGAUUACUUGGGCCUCUGCUCUACUGAAUAA